AUGGUGUUGCCGCUUUCUCUUCUACGCACAGCGCAAAAUCAUCCUAUGUUGGUAGAAUUGAAAAAUGGCGAAACGUAUAAUGGACACUUAGUAUCCUGUGAUGCUUGGAUGAAUAUACAUCUAAGAGACGCCAUUUGCACUUCAAGAGAUGGUGAUCGUUUUUUGAAAAUGCAAGAAGUUUAUGUUCGAGGCUCUACAAUCAAGUAUCUUCGGAUUCCAGACGACGUCGUAGAACUUGUUAAGGAGGAGGUGAAAGAGGUGCGUCGACAGCAAAAAGAUCAACAGAGGGCAAAGCGGUCUCAGGGAGCUGGUCGGGGUGCUGCCCAGGGUAGUCGACCUGGUACUCGCGGUGGCCGUGGAGGACCAGCAUCUCAAAAUCGUGGAAGAGGCAAAUAG